CGACCCAGGUGCUAGGCUUAAAGCAUAUAUCAUAACCCCUACUCAAACUAUAAUCUUUCUCAGCCUAUAUCUCACUAUUGGCUACUUUACUAACUGCCUUCAACUACCGUUCUCCAGCCUUAUUUUUGGACAAAUACAGCAACUAUGCUCGAAAGGUGGAUAAUUAUCUUCGCAUUUGUGGUAGUUGUCACUGCCGGCAUAGAUUGCAGCUACACCGCAACCGCUACGAUAUCAAGUUCCAAUGCUACUGCUAUCACUUCUUGCAAUACUGUCUCCGGGUCCGUUGCGAUUGCCACUGAUGCUACGGAUAUCACUCUUGAUGGCAUCGAACGUAUUAGUGGCAGCUUUUCCGCAAGACAUUGCCGUAGCUUGGCUUCCAUAAAUUUCAGCAGCAUUCGCUCGGUUCAUAAUCUGGAACUGAUGGAUCUGGAAGAUCUGCAUACAAUCGAUCUACCUCAGCUCACGGACGCUGAAAUAAUUCACUGGUCUCUACUUCCGAAACUGCAAUACAUCCCCUUGAAAUCCGGUAUCACCAACGUUGUAGCCAUUAAGAUCGAAAAUACGAACAUCCGGUCACUGAGUGGUAUCGAAAUCAAAGCGGCUAAAGAGAUAUCUAUCACCAACAACUUGGAGCUCCAGGAUUUAUCCAUGAUCAGGGAUAUCGUAAAUAUCAGUAACUCGUUCGAAGUAUUCAACAACCCUUUGAUCGGUGGUAAUAUUAGUUUCCCAUAUCUGUCAGAAAUCGGCACAUCUCUCGACUUUGCUGGUAAUUUUUCCAGUAUCUCAAUUCCUCAGUUGGAGGCUAUACACGGUACAUUAAAUAUUCAAAGCACGGAAGACAUUUCCAGUACUUGCGAAACAUUUAUAUACCUACACGGAAACCAUAACAUUAUAAAAGGGGGUUGCCAAUGUGCUGGUCUACAAUCACGACCUGGUCCAGCUAGUUCUAGACCUACAUACCUUCCAUCGACCUAAAAGUACUAUUUAAUUAUUAGUAGUAGCUUCCUAUAUACUAUAGCUCCCUAAAGGCAAUGAUUUGGCGGGAAUUCACGUGUGUUUAUGUUAACGAGAGGGGCCACCUACUAAACGAGGCUAUAUUCUAAUUAGUGCGCUCGCUAUAUAGUAAGACUCGCUUUACGGUAAACAACGUUAGAGAAUAUAACGAAUUAAGUAUAUUUUAAAAGUCUUUAGAGAUAGUAUAUUAUUUAAUUUAUAUCUA